CCUCCUCUCUCCCUGCUCUCCUCCUCCCUUCUCCAGCUGUAGCCUUCUUAAUGUAGUUUAAUGGCUUUACAAAGAAAGCCAGGGUGAGGAGCGCUUCUCAGUGGCUGUGGCUGGACCAUGACCUAGCUGACCAUGAACUUGGAGGGGCUUGAAAUGAUAGCAGUUCUGAUCGUCAUUGUGCUUUUUGUUAAAUUAUUGGAACAGUUUGGGCUGAUUGAAGCAGGUUUAGAAGACAGCGUGGAAGAUGAACUGGAGAUGGCCACGGUCAGGCAUCGGCCUGAAGCCCUGGAGCUGCUGGAAGCCCAGAGCAAAUUCACCAAGAAAGAGCUUCAGAUUCUUUACAGAGGAUUUAAGAAUGAAUGCCCCAGUGGUGUUGUUAAUGAAGAAACCUUCAAGGAGAUUUACUCUCAGUUCUUUCCACAGGGAGACUCUACAACAUAUGCGCAUUUUCUGUUCAAUGCAUUUGAUACGGACCACAACGGAGCUGUGAGCUUUGAGGAUUUCAUCAAAGGUCUUUCCAUUUUGCUUCGAGGGACGGUACAAGAAAAACUCAACUGGGCAUUUAAUUUGUAUGACAUAAACAAAGAUGGCUACAUCACUAAAGAAGAAAUGCUGGACAUAAUGAAAGCAAUAUAUGACAUGAUGGGAAAAUGCACAUAUCCUGUCCUUAAAGAAGAUGCUCCCCGACAGCAUGUGGAGACCUUUUUCCAGAAGAUGGACAAAAAUAAAGAUGGUGUCGUUACCAUAGAUGAGUUCAUUGAAAGUUGCCAGAAAGAUGAAAACAUAAUGCGCUCCAUGCAGCUCUUCGAAAACGUCAUCUAACGUGUCAGCACAUCCUCG